AAUCCCCUCUUCUGCUUUCAGCUUCAGCAAAGAUCACUGAAAGCUCUGGGCCGGCUCAUGGCGGUUCUGCUUGAGACAGAGCCCACGCGUGGCUUCUUCCAAAAUAUAGUCCAUGUCCUGCAGAGAUCUAUGAUAUCGAAGAACGUGUGGGAGCGCAAGAGGGCCCUGCAGACCUGCUCCCAGCUGCUGGCUGUUUGUGAAGAGCUUCAAAGAGGAGAUGCCUGCGAGCACUUUGGCUCCUUGGUGGGAUUGCUGGCGCCUCUGACUUGUGACCCCAUGCCCGCAUCCCGCCAGCUGGCCGUCACCUGUCUAAGCGCCCUUCUCCGAAUCCAAGGUGAGUAGAGCAGGCGUGUGCCA